ACUACACUGACUACACCUAUACCUUUUAAUAUACGUGCGGUGAUGGUUUUCGCUGAAGACCGUAAGCUAAUUCAAAAGACAUUUUGUAGAGAAUUGUCCUGAAUUCUCGUGGUAUUUUCUGAUGUAGUUUUGUGGUUGAGGAUAUUCUGCAUUUUAUGAACAGCUCGAAGCCGUUUCGCCCAAGAUUUCGUUGCAUUUUGCUUUGGGACUUUGUUCGUGCAUGAAACGAUCCAAAUCCAUCACCAGAUCUCAAUCCAGUCAACAAGUUCAGCAAUUGUGGCUGACGGGAGGGGAGUCUAAACCAAGGUGUUGUACUCUGUCCACUCUCCCAUGCUGGAAACACCCCUCGGGCUGAAAUGAGCCGGCCCGAAUAAUAAUUGCGCUCUAGGGACAUGCUGCAAAUUCAAGUUGCACAAAGGUCCCUUCAACCAAUGCGAUGUAACUCCUGAUUUGGGAUUCUACCUGGAGAGAGUUUGAUUUGCCAGGAUGGAUCACCCACCAACAGGAACUAAUCACAUCUCACCGCCGUAUUCACAGACCUACCCUCCAGUCCAGCAACCUUAUGGUCGGGAGCAAGACUUCAGCAGCUAUCCACAGAAGAUGGGUGAUCCGUACUAUAGUUCCCAGCGGUCUGGUACCACAGCUCCCAUCUACCCAACGCCCUUGCCAGCCCUCAUUGAACCGGGCCAGAACUUUCCUCCCCGGGGGCUGGAUGGGCCCAAGAUUGGAGGGCAACAGUUUGCCUUGACCAGCCCUGGGUAUGGUCAAGGAAGUGCGGAAAUGGGCCCCAUGAUGAGAGCAUUGACAGAGGAUGACGUGUAUAUGCCACAGCCACCCGAGUAUCGGUCACCGAUGCAGACUGUUGGUACUCCGUAUGGACAGCCUAUGGGGUAUGCUUCACCCGAUGGUACCCGUGCAGGUUUCUCUGCAGGCCAGUACCCAAGUCCCUUCAGUCCUGGCCAUAGUCCACGGGCGUCUCAGAUCUACCCUGUCCGUAGCCACCCAGUGUCACCCCACGACAGUGGGUUUGGAGCUAAUCCCUCGCAGUAUCACCGGCAAACCAGCCAGAGCCCUCACAUGAACAUGGUCAGUCCAACUGGUCAGAACUCUGUCUUCAACAGGGGAACGGGGGUGACGGCACCCUCACCCGUUGGACUUCAAGGACAAAGCAUGUACUCUCACAGUCCGGGCUCUUCCCAAGGUGGGCGGAGCAAUACCCACUUUCCAUUUAGUACCUCGCCUAGUACCCAACAUACAUCACCGUUACCAUCCCCGAGUAGCCUACGAUCCCCUGGGGUUGUGCACAGCCCACACAAUCUAGCAACAGCUUCUCCUGGGCCGUUUAACACUCCGUCCAACCCAAGCCCGGUGAAUGUACCAAGACCAAUCAAAUCUCCUGUAGCGGCAUUUCAGACACCGGCUGCCGUCACCCAAUCAGGACACCCUCUGGUGUCUCCUAAAGUAAGACCUGUCGACAAUGGGGAUCACAGCUCAGGCGGAACACAAUACGUUGAACUUCUGCACACGAGAAACAACACUCAAAAUAAAACACACUCAACAAACAAUCAAAAGUCCCCUGAGAGCCCGUAUCCAAAGAAGAAAGAAGACAGGUGUAGCAGUGGGCAUUUACCAAAACUGGAGGAGAUGGUAGCCUUUCUUGGAGAGUCUGCUACCAAGGGCAUUCUAACACCAAAUGACAAAGAAACUGCUGAAGAAAAUGGUGAGAAAGUCUCCAAGGAUACAGCCAGAGUUGACAGCAGUUCUGAAACCUCGUCAAAGUCACACGCAGAACAAGAACCACCCUCUAAUGUGAUUCAUUCUGGGAGCGUUCAGUCUGCUGAAAGACAGCCAGAUAUCUCAAGUGCAAAACAACGAAUUGUCGUCCAGGAAAACAGCCAGUGUGCUCAAGGCAAUGAAAACCCCAAAGCCCCCAACAGAUCACAGACAGACAGAGUUUCCAUGGAUGGCAGUCCUAAAGGACCUAAGACUAAUGGGGAGGUCAGCGAAAGAAGUCCAUUGCCGAAACAAUUGGCAAAAUCCCCGAGAUCGCCCAGAAGAAGCAAUGGUAACAAAGACUCCCCUUAUGAUAGUCAGAAUGGUCCGAUCAGUGACACAGUCCCUCACCAAAUAUCCAUCAACAGUUCCCUGGACUCGGACCCGAGGAGAACCCAGUCACCAGAAACCUUCAAAGUAGCCAAUGAUAUCUCUCAGGUCGACAAGAACUCCAUGAGCGUCAACAACCAGCUCAAACGUAAAUUUUCUGAGACGCAGAAUGAUGUCUACCACAAUUCCUUCAACAACUACCCCAGAAAUGGUGGACAGAGUGUGACUGCUUACCCAUUAACCUACACCCCACCCAACAGCAACAAUGGUAAAGAUCUGAAUCAAUAUCGUCCAAACAGUCCCAGGGGCUCCAAGUCCCCAGCUAGGAAGUCCAAGGAUGAUUUCUCAGAUGGCAGUCCACGCAAAGUACUAAAAACCUACAGUGGCAAGAAAAAACGGACUAGUGUGGACAAGCAGGGUAAUGCAAUCGUGUUGCCUAGUCCACUGCUGCCACUGUCCAUGACAGACCCUCCAAAGCCCAAGGAAGAUAAGCAGACAAGUUCUGAAGAAUCUUCCUCUACCAGUGUGGUCAAAGAAGAUCAAGAAGCUAAUCCCAAAAUAUCAACAGCUGAGACGACUGUACCACCUAGGAGCACAACGCCAACCUUUAAUAAUCCCAUGACCACUCCUAGUAGCCAACGUUCAACUCCUGAAAAACCAACCACGACAGUCUCCCAAAAGGUUCCGCCUUGUACCCCAUCGGGGCCAGCCAUAUCUGAUGCUUCGUCGACCCCUACCCCCACCAAAAGGCGGGGUAGACCACCAGGCAGUAAGAACAAACCAAGGAAAGAGGGCGAUCCUCCUAAACAGCGCAAGAAGCCGACAAAGAAGAACUUUGAUAUGAGUCUGGAAGUCAAGGAUGAACUUGGAAAAUUCAAGCACCUCAAGUCAUCAGUGAAAAGCAGAAGCUCAGAUUCACCAGUUCCACCACAGGCUCGGUCGCGUGGCCCUGUACUCAGAAUAACUGGAACUCGUGACAAUCCAGUCUCUUGUAAAAUUGUCAACAAUCCAGACACAUUAGCCACAGGUGCCACAGCACCCGCUAAGAAACGUGGGUCAAAGCACGACACAUCAUCCAGUAAAAACAGCCAUUCUGUCAGCCGUGCGCCACUUGGUCCAGCCACUAAACAAUCCCUUACUGUCAAUAAUCCAACCGGCUCUUGGCUUUGUGCAUUGUGUGGGAAACCUGCCAACUACGACUCGUUAGGAGACCUGUAUGGACCUUACUACCCUCCUGGCUACCAGAUUCCUAUUCUUAGCCCGCAGAGUACUCAUGAGAAAACUAAAAGCGCUGUUGCUGCAGCAGCGAGCAAAAAGCAACAGCAGUAUGUACGGACAAACCAGAAAGGCAAAUUAAAAACUACAAUCUCCCCCAGCCCUGCAACAGCUCGGACUUCCAAGGUACAGAGAGGGAAGGCCUCUAGAACGACCUCAGCACAACGGCAGCGUAAAUACUCCAAUGAGGCCGAGUAUUUCAUGCUCUUGGAAGAGGCCACCACAUCAUCGGGCCGAGUCUCCAAGACUCCAAAGAGAAUGACUUUUGAAAUGUCCAGGGUGGCAGGCAAUCGCGCUGGCAAUCGGCGGAGGAAAUCCAGUGAACUUGAGGACAGGGGACCAAGUGAUCCUAAUGAAUACUGGGUUCAUGAAGACUGUGUUAUAUGGACCCAAGGUGUUUAUGUAGUUGGUGGAACUUUGUAUGGACUAGCCGAGUCAAUCAAGGCCACACAGUCAGUGGCAUGCUUUGAGUGUAAAGAUACAGGUGCUUCUCUGGGCUGCAUGAGUAAAGGUUGCAAGAAGACCUACCAUUAUGUCUGUGCCCUGAAAGCCGAAUGUCAGCUACAAGUUGACAAUUAUUCCAUGAUCUGCCCUCAACAUAAGGACAAGGUUGUAAAAAUGAAAGACCUGACAUGAUAUAGAAUGAGAUCGCUGCCGACCUGGAACUUUGUACAGUGUUUCUGCUCCUGAGAUACUUGGCAUCUCUUCCAUGGAAUGCACACUACUGCCAGACAAGAUGACCUCUGACCUUUGGUGACCUUUGAACUUGUGUUGUGUGUCAACAAAAUGCUCAUAUAGUUGGAGGCCAUGAUUGCUCUAUGGUUAUUCCAUUGCUGUGUAAAAAUUUGGACAUGUUUUCACUUGUACGUUGUUGUGGUAAGUCUGAGAACUUUAGUUCAUUUUGGAGGGGACUGGUUCUAAAGCCUUGUUCAUACAACAAAAUAAAGUAAUCCUGUAAAAUAAUUCAUCAAUCGUAAAAAAAGCAACUUGUUUACAAGUGGUGUUUUCAUAAAAUAUGUUUUUGUUGCAUUGGAAGAGAUCAUAGAAUUGUGAUUAAUUUGUGGUUAGCUUGUUAUUGUACACAGUAGAGUGAGAUUAGUGGUGACAAACUAGCAACAGAUUGGUGAAUGUAGGAUAAAAUUCCUUGAAGAGUUUUCAUAGCCAGACUGUGGUGUGACCAUUCCUGAGGGUCUGUGCCUGAGUGGGCGAUGAAUGAUGUUUGCAACAAGAUUUCUUUGGUCACUGAGAGAAACUCAUUGCCAACUUUGACUGAGCGUCAAAACUCCAGGGCAUUUGGAGACAGAGGAAGGUGUCUGAGUAGCCACUUGGUCUUGAAUCGACAUGUAAUCACCAGAAUAUGGGCAAGGUUUCAAAAGUAUUUGCAAUAUUCUCAGUACAAAGAGCCGAAGAGUAAUUUCUCAUGUGAAAAAGUGAAAAAAAGAGAAAAUGAAACUCUGUCAUUUGAGGAGUUUGUGUUUGGUUUUUAUUCAUAAAAUAUAAAUCUCACUAUGUUUACCUCAUUAAAAGAAAUUUUCCAAUCUUUUCCCAUCCAAGUUUAGUCCACUUUGGCAGUUGUUUAAAUAAACAUUUUCUUCCUGUUUCCAUAAAAUUUCAUGUCUUCCUAGGAAAACAAAAAGAAGAAAUCAAAGCCAAGCAGUCACUCAAGCAAAAUUAGCAGUGUUGAAUUUAUCCAAAAACAACGUCAGAAUCAAAAUGAAGAAGUCAUCAUAGCCUGUAUUCAGCCAUUUUUUUUAAGGACAGUAUAAUUAUAAGGUGGGAAUAAUUGGAAAACAAGGAUGGAAUUGGCUGGAUUAUUAGUCAGACCAUCCUUUUGGGGGCACAUCCAUAUUAAAAAGCCAUACUUGACUACAGGGUACAAGAUCAGCCUUUUGCGGUAUCUACAUGUAUUUGUCAGGCUACCUGAGUGCUAUCAGGAAAUGUAGACAUGUUUCUUAUUGUGAUUUCAGUCUGAUCAUGACUCAGUUUAGAACAUUUGAUCCUGUGGAUUACAACUUUUAUACCAAGUGUUGCCUGGUGAACAAAACAGAAUGAUUUCCCUUUGCAGCAAAGAUCCAAUAGAAUGCUGUCGCAAUAAUCAAAGAAUUCCCCCAUCCAAAAAAGUGGUCCACAUGAGUUCUACCCAGCAAGUGUUGGUUCCAAAGGAGAUGUUUGCUGUUCCACAGGUUAAGGCAUUCUGCCGUAAAUGUACAUCUAAUCUGCUUAUUGUCCCUGAAUGUACUAUCCUAUCCGUGUAUUUAAAACUGAAACUACUUGAGGUUUAUUAAGAAUGAAAUCUGCGUGGAUGAAGCUGGUUGAUAUCUUUUCAGCCAAUAUUCAUUUUUGUUACAAACAAGUGACAUGAACAAAGUGAAUGACAAGUGAUUAGUUUAGCCCAAGUGAAACUGAGAGUUGGUAUUGACCUUUUGUCUCAAAAGAGUUUCCUGAUAAAUGGCAGAAUGGGGCUGACCUCGUUUUGCCAAUAACUGAUGGUAUACAUGUACUUGUUUCUGGAUCAUAAUCUCAUGGUUGUUAACUUGGCUUACGAAGUCGUAAACCUACAAGUUCUAUUUCACGGUUCUAUUGAACAGUCCAUAUGUCUGAAUUCUGUUAGACAGUAUAAAUACACCGCCACAAAAGAAGCACACAGCUACAUGCUGGCAAAAAGAAAUCUCUUUCUUUACAAUCAAUCAUUUAAAAAUUACCAGUAUCAAAAGAAUAUGCGCAUCACAGUUGUAAGGUGAGAAAUCAAACCGCUUGUAUCCGUCUGCUAAACAUGGCAGCUUAUAAAAAACAUUCUAUCCGAGUGUUUGAUUUUGUUGGGUUGGGGAGGGUUCAUUUUACUUAUAAAAGGUUUUUUUGGCUUUGAAGAAUGUAUAGCGAGAUAGAUGAAAAGGUAAUGUGUAUCUUCGUUUGUUCUUUUGAAGACAGACUUUGGAGAAGUUUCUGAUUGACUGCCAACUUGUUGGAGUUUGUUUCCUUUUGUUUACAGUCAAGAGAGCUGUCGGUUUCAUUUCAUGAGAGAAAAUGAUCGUAGACAGUGAAAAGUGAUUGUCUUAAUUAUUGUUAUAACAAUAAGUGUGGUGGUUUUGAUUUGAUUACAUACUUAGCGUGCUUAGCGUGUACAAUGUUGCAUUACAUUGUGUACAUAAGACUUCAUAUCGGGAGGAGUUAAGAGGUGUGCACGCAUUCAUGUAAGUGUUCUUGGCAAAAAGAUUCCAGACAAGAAUUCUGUAAAAGGGGGCUGAAUGAAGUGAUGGAUGUAACCCGCAUCUUAUCAAUUGGUUUCAGCCCAAUGUUAAAAUUCUUCUUAGUAGGGUGGCAUUGUUCUAAGUGCACACGUGCAACUCCCAAAUAUGCUGUGAAUGAACAUUUCUUCUCCAUACAGGUCUGUCAAAGACCGAAGAAGAUUAGUAGAAAUUUGGUACCCAAGAUAUGCAUUACUUUUGAUAUUGUAACAUUCUGAGACAGGAGUUCAUGAUGGUGAUUUUAGAAUCUCCAUUCUUGGCACACAUUUGUCCUGUUUUGCUGAGUUUGGUAUCAUUGGACAAGGAUCAUGCAGUAUGCAGAAUAGUUCGUAUUGGAUAACAUGCCAGGGACAGUUAAGGACCAAAGCUAAUAGGGAAAGAAACUUGUCAGUCCAAUCUGUCUGGAGUAACUUUGUUACAGUGUGAAUUUGAACAUUUGAGAGAGUUAAUGGAGUCUUGUAAACAAAAACGUUCCUUGUGUUAAAAAUGUAGGCAUUUGAACAGUUUAAAACUCUUGAAGAAGCCAGGUUUCUUUGCCUGGAAAGUUGUGUUUUCAAUAUUGUUUCAAACAAAAAGGUAAAUGUUUGGUCAAUACUUAUUGUUUUAUUCUCUGUGCAUUUCAUGGUUACUAUUAUAAAUAAGAUGAAAAUGUACACUUUUUGUGGGUUGCUCAUUGUCCUGUAUUUCAUUGAUGUUUUCUUUUUGUAUGUUUAUAAUACAGUUGGAGCGUUACUCUCUGUAUCCUGAAGAGACAGUUUGCAUUAAAAAGUUACCAAAUGGAAACUGGAA